AUGCACCAAACUAUUCCUUAUGCCACCACCACCGUGCCCGGUGGCGCCGCCGUCGCCGGUGGAAGCGGUGAGCCCAAUGGCGUGGACCCAGCUAACGUGAUCAGAAUGGUUUCGGAGAAUGCAGUGAUGGUAAUUGGGAGGCGUGGCUGCUGCAUGUGCCACGUGGUGCAGAGGUUGUUACAGGGGCUAGGAGUCAACCCUCCUGUGUACGAGGUUGACGAGGGCGAUGAGGCUGUCGUAACCUCCGAGCUGUCCAGGAAGAUUGUCAGCUUCGGCGGAGAUGGCGGCGGAACGGUGCAGUUUCCGGCGGUGUUCGUUGGUGGGAAGUGGUUUGGAGGGUUGGAAAGAGUCAUGGCCACCCAUAUCUCGGGUGAAUUGGUUCCUAUCCUAAAAGAUGCUGGAGCCUUGUGGCUUUGACUAUACCCACUUCUCAAAUUUCAACAUGUUGCUCUUUUUUUAUUUUAUAUUUUUUUUUUGGUACAGAACAUGUUGCUCUUUUAUUUGUUUUUUUUUUUUUUUUUUUUCUAUUUUGAAUAUAU